AUGUCACCAACACCACAUGGUGGAAUCUUAUGCGACCUUCACAGUCGAGAUUCUUCCAUCAGAUCAGAAUUAUUAACCGAAUCUAAAAACUUACCAUCUCUAAUCUUAUCAGAAAGAUCAUUAUGUGAUUUAGAAUUAAUCAUGAAUGGAGGUUUUAGUCCUUUAAAAGGUUUUAUGAAUCAAGAAGAUUACCACAGUGUUUUACAUCAGCUUCGAUUAUCCAAUGGAAUUCUUUGGUCAAUUCCUAUUACACUAGACAUAACUGAUGCAAAAAUCAAAUCACUUUCGAUUAGAUUAGGAUCUCGAAUCGUUUUAAAAGACCCACGUGAUCAUACUUCUUUGGCUAUUAUGACGAUUAAUUCGAUAUGGAAACCUAAUCAAAUUGAAGAAUCAGAAAAAGUCUUUGAAAGUACUGAUCAACUACAUCCCUCAAUUUACUAUUUAUUUAAUUCGACUCAUUCGAAUUAUAUAGGAGGAGAAAUCCAAUCGAUAAACUUACCGAUCCAUUACGAUUACCAAUCAAUCCGAUUCACACCUUUUCAACUUCGUCAAAGGUUUCAAGACCUUUCAUGGAACAAAAUCAUUGCUUUUCAAACCCGUAAUCCAAUGCAUAAAGCUCAUGUAAACUUAACAUUAAGAGCUUCAUUAGAACAUCAACAUGGUAAUUUAUUGAUCCAUCCGGUCGUAGGUCUAACUAAACCUGGUGAUAUUGAUUAUCAUACUAGAGUUAAGGUUUAUAAAGCUGUUUUGGAAACUUAUCCUAAGGGAUUGGCUACUUUGGCUUUGUUGCCUUUGGCGAUGAGAAUGGCGGGUCCAAGAGAAGCGGUUUGGCAUGCUAUCAUUCGUCGAAAUUAUGGUGCAACUCAUUUCAUCGUAGGAAGAGAUCAUGCAGGACCGGGAAAAUCAUCUAAAGGAACCGAUUUCUAUUCACCAUACGAAGCACAAUCAUUGGUAAAAAAAUACCAAAACGAACUAGAAAUCAAGAUGAUCCCAUUCGGCUCAAUGAUUUAUUUACCAGAAAGUGAUGAGUAUAAACCGAUUCAAGAGAUCAAAGAUGGAAUCCAAACAAAAGAUCUUUCAGGUACUGAACUACGAAGGUUAUUACAGAAUGGGGAUGAGAUUCCUACUUGGUUUUCAUUUUCAUCUGUGAUUAAGAUCUUAAAAGAAGCUUAUCCUCCUAAACACAAACAAGGAUUUGUUAUUUUUUUAACAGGGCUUGAUAGAUCAAUAAAAACGAACCUAUCAAAAGCACUAGAAACAAGUCUUCAAGAAACCUCCAGUAGAUCCAUAACUCUUCUCACCAACUCCUCACCACCAACACUCAACCAAACUGAAGAAAACUCAGACCCAGAAAGACUUCAAACCCAUGCCUUUCUUUGUGCUGAGUUAUGUAAAUCUGGAUCGGCUGUGAUUAGUUCUUCGAAUCUCACAUCAAAAGAAAUUAACAGAACAUACCUUUUAGAGUCCGUUAAGAAGAAAGGCGGUAGAGGUGCUAAUGGGAUGGGGGUUUUGGUGCAUGUUUUGGGCGGGCUUGAGGAUGCUGAUGGUGAUGGUGAUGGGAUUAAUGGGAAUAUAGAGAAUAAUAAGGAUAGUUGGGUUAAUGGGAAUGGUACGAUCAAUGGGAUUGUCAAGACCAAUGGGAAUGGUACGAUCAAUGGGAAUGGUCAUAAUGGGAAUGUCAAGAUCAAUGGAAAGAAAAAGCUCAAUGGGUUCAAAGAAAUCGGUUAG